GUUGUGAAAUAUACAAGAGGCUACACGGAAUAAUGUUUUCUUAGUAUCUUGGUAACAUUAGUAUAGGAUACCAUCACCAUUACUUGGUCGGUUUAUAUGAAGGAACGGUUGAGAAAUAGUUGACGUGAAGCAGUGGGACACUUGGUGAAAAUUAAACUGAAAAUAAUAUGGAUGUGCAAAGCUACAAGAUUAAGGAUGAACAAUUUCGAUUCCUUAUUAUGAAAAACUUUUACGAAGAAGUUAUGGGCAAAUUAUUGGAAAGAUUUUUGUUGGUAUUGCAUUUUAGAGCAACUGGUGAAAAAUUAGGUGAAAACUGUGACAUUCUAUCAAAGAUUUUGCCACAUUUGGCAAAGAAGCACAAAUUAAAAACAGAAGAUAAGUAUAGGGAAAAUCUCUUUAUAGAAUCAAAAAGAGACUUAACUCCCAAACCAAAUUUAGAUAUGUCAAAAUUUGACUUUACCAUGUCCUUUGGUUGUUUAACAGAGAUUCAAGGUCUCCCUUCAUCGAAAAACCACCAGUUCUGUGUUUUGUGUACGCGAGAAAAAUGCGAGAAUAUCCUGCUAGGGAACGCAGAAAAAAAAGAGUGCAAUAACUGUGAGUUUUGUACCACCCCACCGAAUGCUCCCUGUUAUUCGCAGAUGCUAGCAAAAAAAUUGAAUAUUGGAAGGAAAACCAGAAAUAUAGGAGCACAUACAUCACAAUUCUCAGCUGAAAUCCCUAACAUAGAGGAAAAUAUAACCGCCAUAACUGCUUUGUAUGAAUACUUGUACACAAAUGAGAAUUGGAGGAAGUUUGAGAAAAACUGGAUAAACCAUAAAGCGUUUUUUGAAAUUAGAGAAAAUAUCAGGUUGAUUGAAAAAUGUUCAAUAUCAUUUUUGUUAGAGAAAUUUAAAGAAAGGAUUAUAAUUUCAGAAGAAUUUUUCGCCAUCAAAGCAACGUUGGAUAAAAUGAUGAAUGAGUUAAGAAAGAAAACCUUGGAAAUUUCAAUUCAAUUAUCUAUCAGCACGUCAGCAGUGGAAAAAAUACUUGGCUUAGAAAGUUUUCUUCAGGAGGCAGAAUUAUCUGCAUUAAAUUCGCGGAUGAGGACAACUAUUGAGGAGGUAGUGAAUAAAUCAUUAGCCAAUCUGAUCGACGAUUUUAAGUUUGAUGUGCAUGUAUGGGAAUUAGAAAAAGUACCAGGCAACGGAAGAUUUGAGAAAUUCAAAGCAGGGAUCACAUUUUCCUCACCAAACCCUAAUGCAUUUGAGUUAUAUCGAUGUGAUAAAAAUCCUCAAUCAAAGCAUCUGCAAGACAAACUCACUAAAUCACUCUUUGAGGAGUUGGAAAAGGAGGUUCCUGACAUUAGUAAUGACAGCCUAACAAAACUUACGUUAGGUUUUACUAAAUGGUAUAUUGCUUCACUUCACAUCAUGCUGGCAUUGACCAAAAAUGAUCGUAGUUCGUUAACCAAAAAAGAAAUUGAAAUACUUGAUAUUUGUCUAAAAAAUAUGACCGUUUCCAAACAGUCGUUUUUCAAAGAAAUAUUUGGAGAAUCUGUCGAAGUGUCAAUAGACAGAAGUCCUUCUCGUACUAACAUUGCAACAUUUAUCGGACAAAUAGAGGUAAACAUCCUUUCGGAGAAUGUCUACUAUCAUUCAAAUGACUUUGCCAACAAGUUAAAACGCAGUGUAAAAAUGUUGUUGGCACAAGAACUUAAAUUAGAAGAAUGUAGCGAAAUAAAUAAAAAUUUAGCCACGAUGUUGUAUUCAGCAGAACAGUCUGUCAGCCUACAUUCUCAAACAUCAUCAAACCUAGUUAAUAUUGCACAAAUAGGAUCAGUCCACACAUUUAUUGUAGAAACACUACCAUGGUUUGUGCUAACAAUAGAUGUUGAUCAAGGUCUGAAAAGCAAACUGCAAACUGACUGGAGAAUUUUAUGGGGACCAUUGCUCACUGAAGUAAAAAUUAAUUUGCGAUCUUUAUUUCACAAUCCUGCGAGCGGAAACUUUCCUAAAGAUGGUAGAAAGUUAUAUGAAGUGAUACUGGAACUAGAUCAAAACAGAGAAUUGAAUGAUCUUCCAAAAUAUUGGCGAGAACUGAUUUUACCAAAAAAUGGAAUUUCAGAUUCCGAAGUUUUCGAUUUGUACACCUUACGAUGUUUACUUUCGAAAAGCAAAAGUAUGAAAACAGACGCAGUUGAUGUAAUUAAGGAGUUGUGUAUCAUGAUGAAUGGAAUUAAAUACUGUCCAAUUGUUGAUCCUUAUUUCAUGUCAGUAUACAUUAUAGAUGAGAUAAAAUAUUUUCUUUCUUCACUGGGAUUUUUAAAAGAAAGUAUGAAGGAGGUAGAGCGUUUAAGUGCAUUAUUGGAAGAUGUUACUCCAUCUGAAGACGAACUGUUGGAAGAUAUUUAUAGAGGACGUUACUUUAAAUCAUAUGUACUAACUGAGUUAUUAUUUAAAGCAGAAGAAUAUUUGCGCUGUUUAUUUCACGAUCCUGAAUAUGGAGAUUUUCCAAGAGAUGGAAGAAAAUUGUAUGAAACUUUCAUAGAGUGGAAUAAACAAGGAAAGUUGAACGACUUGGAGAAAAAAUAUUUUUCUACUCUUCUCCCUGAUAGCAAAACAACGGAUUCCGAAGCCUUUGAUUUACAUCUACUCAGUUAUUUUCUUUGUAAGUGCACAAAGAUAAAAGAUAAAGAGCGUAAAAUAUUUGGUAAAAUAUUUGAUUUGAAAAGUCAACUUAUACAAUGUGACUCAAUCGCGCUUGGUUUUUAUCAAAGUAAGGAUAUCCUUGAAAGAAUUUUGUGGAAAAUAAAGCAUUUGACUGACCAUUACGACGUGUUUAACCAUAAAAUAGGAAAUGAUUUAGAAGAAUUCGUAGCAAAUAUUUUCUUAGAAUGGCGUCAUUUGAAGAAAAAACAUAUAGUUCAAAGCAAAAUGAGCUAUAAUAAGAUAGAAAGAACUGACGAAAAGAAAACAUUUGAGCAAACAGGAAUUUUGCCAAAAUGAACAUAACUAUACAUUGGGAUGUUUUUUGUAUCUAUUUAUGUAUGCUUUUAGAGAAGUUAUUAGAAUUAGUUUUUGCGUCCAUUCUUUGUAUUAUGUAAGUGUUCGAGAAAUUUAUGUUUUUGUCUAAGUAUGUAAUUUUAGUUUUUUUAUAUUUCAAACUAUUCAUUGAAAGAACUAAUGUUCCAAUGAUGAUCUUAAUUACGAAUAAAAGUACAACAAAGGGUUUGAGUUUGUGCAAUAUAUCUCUCACAAUAUAUUGCACAAUCUAUAUCUAUUUAUGUCUGCUUUUCGGAAGUUAUUAGAAUUUGCUAUUAUAUAUUAUAAUAUAACUAAUGUUUCAAUGAUGAUCUUAAUUACGAAUUAUUUUUUUUUACUUCCAUUUCCUUAGGCAAACUAUUUCUUAUGUUUCCCCCCUAUUUACGCUAUCAGUAAGAUGUUUCACUCACAAAUCACUUUCUUAUUACAAUUUUUAUAAAUAACACAACCCUUCGCCAAAACAUUUCAUGCAAAACCUGGUAUGAAUAGAGUUCAAAGAUUUACUAAAAAAUGCCCUCAGCUACAGCUGAGUUACUUAUUAUUAAAAAAGCCUUUUUGUGCAUAAGCCAUUCUUAUUUUUAUCUAACUUUUAACACAAUGGUCGUGUUUUUUUAUAUUUUAGUCAGAAUGUAUACAACUGAAAAAAUAUGAAAGUCUAUCAAAAAGAAAGAACAUUAAAAACUUUACCGUUAUUAAAAAGGUUGAAUUUUUUUUUUUUUUGGUAUUGUAAAUGCAGUUGUUUUAUUCGUUUUUGUUGCACAUUUAUAAAAUUACUAUAAAAAUUUAAACGGAACGUAGAACAAUAAUCAACCAUUACAAUUAUAAUUAAAAACAAUGUGUUAAUAAUGUUUUGAAAAAAAAUUAAAGCUUUUUAUUUGCCUCCAACAAUCCUUCCCGCGCACUUCAGCAAGAGCAUGUCCUUAGCGUCUAGGUAUCUAGCGCAUCCUCGGUUAUGUUCUAAUGUAAAUACCACUUGCAAUUAUCUUACGGCCAAUGUGAGACAGGUAGGUGCUUCACUUUUCUUAAGGUGCGUUCUUGCGAGUUACCUAAAUCUUCCGGAAAAUAAGAUUUUUUGGAAAACGUAAAUCUCAGUUUGUAUCAUUGACAUCACAACAUUACAGUUAUAAAUGCGCAACUGCAAAACGCUGCUGUUAAUAAUGCCAUAGAGAGAUCAAUAAAAACUAAAAGACAUCGCAAAUGCUGGAAAUGGAAAAUUGUGUAACGAAGUCUCGGAAAACAUUUCAAAGAAAAUAAGGUCAAGAAAACUUCAGAAUUGGGAAAAAAUUACAACGAAAAAAAAUACCAAUAUAUUUCAAAGGUUAGAGAAGCUUUGCUUAGUGAAGAAAAAACAGUGAUUAAAGGUAAUCUUGGAAAAGUAAAAAAAAUGAUAGACGAAGGUGAGACGAUUAUUGAAAAGCGUUAAAACAUAUAAAGCAUGCUAAUAGGGAAGACGUCUGUAAAGUUGAAAAAUGUUAUAAGUCAGAUACCCGGAUAACUCUGAGGACAAAAAGC